AUGUCGCUCUCUGAUCAUCAGGCGGUUGAGAGCCGUGACGAUGGCGACUCCGACUCUCUCUUCGGAGGCUCGGAUGGAGAUGGCGCUGGCUUCGACGGCGACUUCACAUCGCUCUUUGGUGACGGAGAUCUUGGCGACGAUCCCGAAUCCAUAUUCACGAGCACUGAGUCGGCCACAUUGCCCACCACGCCGCCGAGCGCCGCUCCGACCAUCCUAACCUUUCCAUCGCUGCCUUGCCCCUCACGCGAAAUCUCACAGCCAAGACAGGAGCCGCCGUCGCUGGCACUGCCCGUGCCGGCCCCCCCAUCUCACAUGACUGCCCUCAGUCUCCCUCCCGCCCCCGCGCCGGGGCCGUCCCAGAACACAGAGCCGCAGUUUACCUUCGCGCCGCUCUUGCCUGGAGGCGCACAUGCGCCGGGACAAUCUGACGUUAGUACCCAAGACGAACUUCAGUUUGGCGACCACAGCCAGUUUGGCGUGGACGACCUGGAAAUCACCAGGCUGCUGGAAGCCCAGCUCGAUGGCAUCGAGCUCGGGCUCCCCCAAGAGCCCCUAGUUGACUUUGCAACGUCAGAAUCAGGACCCGCCCGUGACGAUCAAGCAUGUCCGGACGAUAUCGACGGUUCCUUGAAUCCAGAGCUCCCCUUUGGCUCCACGCAUCUCAUCGCCGGCCCCGCUGCUGAGCUCGAUCCUAACCUCGAUCUUGGUAUUGAUCUUGAUCUUGACUUGAUUCCUAGUCUCGGCCUCGAUCUUGGUCUUGACCUUGAUCCUAGUCUCGACUUUGAUCCUAGUUUCGGCUUCGGUCAUGACUUUGAUCCAAACCUCAACUUCGGUCUUGAUCUCGACUUCGAUCCGACCCCCAGUUUCGGCUUGGAUCUUGGGUUUGAUGCUCAGCAGGUAGACAGCAAUUCUCAUGACCCGCCCAACAUUCAGCAACACCUCACAACAUCAAGUGCGCCUGCUCUGUCACUGGAUACUACUCACGAGCCCCAGAGCCCGGCCAGACCCUUCCUAUACCCAGAAUUGCCCCAGAUGCCUCCAAGGGUGGACAGGCCCGAAGACGACCCGAAGGCUAUUGUCAAGUGGAUCAAGCUGAGUUCCAAUGUCUCGGCGCCUGAGCUCGAGGCUCGACUGCGCCUUGGAGACCAGAAGACUGCCAAGGCUCUGAAUCGCGAUCUGAGCACGUUCCUGGAAACCCCAGAGCACGCCCCCCGGGUAACCCGUAUGAAUAAUUGCGAGGAGAAGGAUUACAAGAAGUAUCUAUGUGUUAUUCUUGCCCUUGACUUCCUUCGGAGCGAUGGCCGAGGCGAGGAAUACUUUGGCAGCGCCUCUGACGCGUCUCCUUUAUGGCCUGAUGAAUCUUCCAAGUUGAUAUGCGAUUUUGUUAUUUUCGUAUACCGCAACAUCAGGAGGUCCAAGCAGAAGGGCUACAGGCGACGAGAGAGGGUGGUGCAGACAGCAGCGAAGAAUAUCGCGGCUUCGCCAGAGGAACAGGCCCCUGAGUGGGUUGAUUACGAGUUCCGCCCCGCAAUCACGCCAGCCGAUUUCGAAAGGGAGGGUAGCAUGGCCGCCGCCAGUCCUGGUUCUUCUACCGAGCAGCCUAUGCAGCCUACUGUUCUCGCAAUGGAGCCCGGCGGAAGCGACAUAUCACGCCCUCUCAGCAGGCAAGCCAUGCAGGCGGCAACUUCCACGCCAGCGCCAGCGCCAGCACCAGCCCCAUCACCAGCGCCACCUCCAUCGCCAGUCCCAACCCCAGUCCCAGCCCCGGCGCCUACUGCAAGCGGUGACAGGAAGCGCCGUGGAAGCGUCGUGUCGCAGCCUCCUGCAAAGCGUCUCAAGGAGCCGACUUUCGAGAUAAGGCCGGCUGCUUUCAACAAGGACGUGAUCCGGAAGCUUCCCAACUCCCUCGAGAAGGCUACAGACUUCGAGCGGGGCACGGCCUCGAAGUUUUACAUCUCGGCCAUCCAGCAGCUGCCCACGCCUCCGGAGCUGCCCACGCCUCCGGAGCUGCCCAUGACUCCUAGAGAGCCCGGGUCUCUCCCGGAGGUCGUGGACCUCGACCAGGCCGGCCUCAGCACGCCCCAGCCCCGCGGGCUCCUCGCGGCGCUCGCCAAGCUAACGUACUCGGUCUGGUUCGUCGAUGCCGCCUCGAACCGCAGGCUGCCGGUGCUCAGCCUCGGCAAGGAGGAGGGGCUGUGGAAGGACGGCUUCUCCCUGGUGAACAGCCGCUGCCUGGGCCUGGGCAUCAAGCCUGUGGUCGAGAUUCUGACCCCGGGCGCCGGCUUCGUCACCGUGAAGGGCAAGAGAAGCUGGGACCACGCCGUCGAUGCGGUUCGCCAGGAGCCGAUGAUGGAGCGCAUCGUCAAGGUGCGGCUCUCGGAGAAGGCGGUUCCCGCGACCAAGGCCAAGUAG